AUGGACGAGAAGCUAGAAGAGCAGACCGAGAAGGUCAGCCAGACCAGCAGAGAGGAGCGAGCGGAAAUUGCAGAUCCAGAGAAGAACCAGAAGGCGGUUGGAGUGAGCGAAGAUGCAGACGAGGCGAUGAAGGCGUUUGCGGAAGGGGGACCGAUCGAGUUGACGCCAGAGGAUAACAAGCGGCUGCUCAGGAUAAUUGACUGGAAGCUCAUGCCGAUGAUGUGUGUGGUGUAUGGGCUGAAUUAUCUCGAUAAGACGACGCUGUCGUAUGCCAGCGUGAUGGGAUUGAAGCAGGACAUCAAUCUCGUCAAGGACAAUUACCAAUGGCUAGGCAGCAUGUUCUACUUUGGAUACCUGGCAUGGGAGUAUCCCACGUCCAUCCUGCUGCAACGACUACCGCUGGCUAAAUAUUCGGCCUUUUGCAUCGUUACAUGGGGACUGAUCCUUACGCUCUUUGCGGUCGUCCAUAAUUUCCCUGGAGCCGUUGCAGUUCGGUUCCUGCUCGGUGUGUUCGAGGCUGCUGUCACACCUGGCUUUGCCCUCAUCACCUCCCAGGCGACCCGCAUCAACAUCUGGUUCUCCUUCAACGGCUGGGCCCAGAUAUUCGGUGGUCUGGUGGCCUACGGUAUCGCCGUGGGCUCUCGCACCCUGGGCACCGCCAUCGCACCCUGGAAGACCAUCUUCCUUCUCACGGGCCUCUUAACCGUCGCGCUGGGCGUGUGGUUCUACUGGCUGAUACCGGACAAUCAGCUCAACGCCCGCUGGCUAAAGAAGGAAGACCGCAUCCUAGCCGUGGAGAGGGUGAGAGUCAACCAGCAGGGGAUAGGGAACAAGCAUUUCAAGUUCUAUCAGUUCAAGGAAGCGUUGCUGGACCCGAUGACCUGGGCCUUUGUCUUUUAUGCCAUUACAGCGGAUAUCCCUAACGGCGGUAUUAGCAACUUCUUCAGCCAACUGAUCGUUGGAUUCGGCUAUACUCCUGAACAGAGUCUGCUAUACGGCACUCCCGCGGGCGCUGUCGAGGUGGUCGCCCUCCUGCUCAACGGCUUCCUGGGCGACUACUACCAGCAGCGUCUCCUGGUCUCCUCCGGUGGCCUGAUAGUCGCCAUACUGGGCACUGCCCUCAUGAUCGCGCUGCCAGAAACCCUCCCCGUCGGCCGUCUGGUGGGCUACUACCUGACUCUCGCCUGUCCGACCCCCUUCGUCUGCAUCCUCGGCUUGAUAUCAUCCAACGUGGCCGGGUACACCAAGAAGACCACCGUCGCAGCACUCUACCUCAUCGGGUACUGUGUUGGAAACAUCAUCGGACCACAGACGUUCCGCCCCGAACAAGCGCCAGAGUAUACAGCUGCCAAAGCGACUAUCCUGGCAUGCUUCUCUGCCUGUCUAGUAGACAUGUACUUUAUCUGGUGGUGGUAUACGCGGCAAAACGCAAAGAAGGCCAAACUCAGAGCUGAGCCGGGCUACACCAAGGUCGAGAACCAGGAGUACGUCUUGCCUUUGCCCUUGGAAACAAAUGGAUACAAGAACUAA